AUGAUGUCGGAAGAUGGUGAAUGCAUUGAGUGGAAAUACAAUCUGGUAUUGGACGGCCCCGCUGAAGUCUGGCUAUUGGGUUUGGAACAUACCAUGAGGGUUGUGCUAAGAGAGCAAUUGAUUCUAACUCGUGCUGCUCUAAGGAAGUGUCGUUAUCAGCGAGAACAGUGGAUCAAUGAUUGGCCGGGACAACUCGGUAUCACUUGUAGCAAGAUUCAGUGGACUUCCGACUGCACAAGAACGCUCUGCCGCUGCGAAAUAAUGAAAGAGAAGAAACCUUUAAAGAAACUGAGGAAGAAACAAAAUCAGAUUCUGACGACGCUACAGAACAUGUCCAGGAAGGAAAUAUCUAAAAUACUGCGCUGCAAAGUGAACGCCCUGUGUGUUAUUGAAAUACAUUCUAGAGAUACCGUGGAUAGAAUGUACAAGAUGGGUUGCAUGACUGUGAGUACAUUCGAGUGGUUCUCGCAGCUCAAGUUUUACUGGGACCGCGAGCGAGAGGAUUGCUACAUUCGUCAAACGAAUACAAACUCCAUAUACACUUACGAGUAUAUUGGCAAUUCUGGAAGACUUGUCAUCACGCCACUUACUGAUAGAUGUUAUAUAACGCUCACCACAGCCCUGAAUCUGUUCCGUGGGGGCAGUCCUCAGGGGCCGGCGGGGACGGGAAAGACCGAGACCACAAAAGAUCUUGGCAGAGCGCUGGCUAGAUGGGUCGUGGUCACUAAUUGUUCCGAUGGACUAGACUAUAAGUCUAUGGCGAAGUGUUUUGCAGGCAUAGCUCAGUCUGGUUGUUGGGGCUGUUUCGACGAGUUCAAUCGUAUCAACAUCGAGGUGCUGUCAGUGGUGGCGCAGCAGAUCCUGGCUGUUCUGUUGGCGCUGUCCUUGAACAUGAAGCGGUUCGUGUUUGAAGGAGCGGACAUCAAGUUAGAUUCAAACUGCGGGAUAUUCAUAACUAUGAAUCCAGGUUACGCUGGAAGAACAGAAUUACCGGACAACCUCAAGUCGAUGUUCCGACCUAUCGCCAUGUGUGUGCCCGACUCGCUUAUUAUUGCUGAAAACACGUUAUUCUCUGAUGGCUUUACCGCUUACAAGAUUAAUGCUAAAAAGGUGUUCACUCUGUACCAAUUGGCGAUGCAGCAGUUGUCGAAGCAAGAGCAUUACGAUUUCGGCUUGAGGUCCAUGGUUGCCCUGCUGCGGUAUGCUGGAGUCAAGAGGAGGGCGUAUCCAAACUUACCAGAACAAGAGAUGGUAAUACUCGCUAUGCGUGACAUGAACGUGGCCCGCCUCACCGCCAAGGACGUGCCUCUGUUCGACGGCAUCAUGAGGGACAUCUUCCCCGACGUGGAGAUACCUACCCUGGACUACGAGAUGCUGGAGACGGCCAUCUCCGCCGAGAUGAGGGCGUUGACCUUACAGCCGGUCCGGGCCGCGCUGCAUAAAGUUAUACAGACUUAUGAGACUAAGAAUUCCCGCCACUCGAGUAUAUUGCUGGGCGAUACGAACACAGCGAAGAGCGUUUCCUGGAAGAUGCUGGCUGCAACCCUUAGCCGCCUGCAUCGGGAGAAGGUGCCGGGCUUCGAGAACGUUCAAGUCCACCCCAUGAACCCUAAGGCUUUGACUUUGGGAGAGUUGUAUGGGGAGUACAACCUGGCUACAGGAGAAUGGAAGGAUGGAGUGCUGUCUUCUAUCAUGAGAACUACUUGCCAAGAUGAGUCUCCGGAUCUAAAGUGGAUCAUCUUCGACGGUCCGGUGGACGCGAUCUGGAUUGAAAACCUAAACUCAGUGAUGGAUGACAAUAAACUGUUGACGCUCGUCAAUAGCGAACGAAUAUCGAUGCCUUCACAGGUGUCCCUGUUGAUCGAGACCCUGGACCUGGCGGUGGCUUCCCCGGCCACGGUGUCCCGUAACGGCAUCGUGUACAACGACUACAAGGACUGGGGCUGGUGGCCCUUCGUCAACUCCUGGCUGGAGUCCGUCUCUGAUAUAGAGUAUAGAGAGAACCUCCGUCACCACUUCCAGAACAUUUUGACCCCAGUGUUGGAGUUGAAGCGGCUUCACCUGGUCGAAGGUCAAAGUGUUCGUGGCCAGGAACUGACAGGCGUGAGGUCUCUCUGCCGUUUACUGGACCCUCUGCCCGCGCCGGCUCCUCCCCUGCCCGACCAGGACGACAAUGAGACCUUCUCCAAGAUGAGGUUCUUGUUUGCCAUGAUUUGGUCCGUAUGCGCUACUCUAGAGGAAGAAUCUCGUAGGAAGUUAGACAACUGGAUCCGGGAGCAUGAGGGAGUGUUCCCUCUCAAAGACACCGUGUACGAUUACUUUGUUGACGAAAGACUCAGGCAGUUCAAGUCUUGGGAGGAAAAGUUACCGGAUAAUUGGAAAUAUAACCCAGCGUUGGGUUUCCACACGAUCUUGGUGCCGACUGUAGAAUUGGUUCGUGUGCAGAGUGUUGCUCUGGAGACAUUGAAGGCUGGUCAUGGUGUGUUAGUGGGCGGACCCAGCGGGACUGGGAAGACUUUUCUGGUGCAAGGAACAUUAGCUGGACUUGAUCCUAUCAAAUAUAGCACGCAGGUUAUAAACAUGUCGGCUCAAACGACUGCAGCUAAUGUUCAAGACAUCAUAGAGGCCAGGCUCGAGAAGAGAACUAAGGGCAACUAUGUACCGGCGGGAGGUAAGAAGAUGAUAGCCUUCAUGGACGAUAUCAACAUGCCGGUUCGUGACGACUACGGCUCACAGCCGCCGCUGGAACUGGUGCGGCUCUGGUACGACUACGGAUACUGGUUUGAUAGGCAGAAGCAGUGGAGGAAGAACGUCAGGGACAUGGUGUUGUGUGGUGCCGCCGGUCCCCCGGGUGGUGCUCGCUCCCCCCUCCCCCCACGUCUGCUAUCCUGCUUCCACUCAUUCUUCCUUCCUUCUCCCACACAACAACAACUCGUGCGCAUCUUCGGUACCAUGCUGUCACAGCAUUUGCAGGACUUUGAUGAGGAAACAAAGACCGUUGGAAAAAUUGUAUUGAUGGCGACUAUAGACAUGUUCAACAAUAUAGCAGCUAAGUUGUUGCCAACUCCCAGCAAGAUGCAUUAUCUUUUUAACUUGAGAGAUAUAUCCAAAAUAUUUCAGGGUUUACUAAGAAGCAAUAAAGAUUACCAGAACACUAAACCACGGUUUUUGAGGCUCUGGGUUCACGAGUGCUUUAGAGUGUUCGGUGAUCGUUUGACCGAAGAAAAGGAUCGAGAUUGGUUCAUGAAUCACAUGGGUGACAUGUUGGGUAAACACUUCGAGCUGACCUUCCACGCGCUCUGCCCCUCAAAGAGUCCACCCAUCUUCGGACACUUCCUCAAUCCCUUCGAAGUUUACGACGAUUUGAAUGACCCCAACGCUUUGAGAAAGUACAUAGCUAAUCAGAUGGAGGAGUACAACAGCUGCCCGGGCGUGGUCAAGAUGGACCUGGUGCUGUUCAAGGACGCCAUCGAGCACAUCUGCCGCAUAGUACGGGUCAUCUCACAGCAGAGAGGGAACAUGCUGUGUGUCGGCAUUGGUGGUUCCGGUCGUCAAAGUUUAACACGAGUCGCGUCUUACAUUUGCGAGUGCAACUCGUUCCAAGUAGUUGUCACCAAGACGUACGGCGUCAAAGAUUUUCGAGAGGAUCUCAAGGUACUAUACACGAGCUGUGGAGUGGACACUAAGAAGACUACGUUUAUUUUUUGCGACACUCAAAUAGUGGAGGAAACAUUUACAGAGAUCGUCAACAAUCUGCUCAGCAGCGGAGAGAUCACCAACCUUUACAAACCCGAUGAGUUUGAAGAUAUAAAAUCGGCUCUAGAGAAGCCUAUGAAGAACGCGAAUAUACUACAGACAGCUGAGAGCGUGUAUCUGUUCCUGGUAGAGCGAGUGAGAGCCAACAUGCGGAUAGUGCUGUGCUUCAGUCCAAUUGGAGAUGAGUUUAGGAAUCGCAUUCGUCAGUAUCCUGCUCUGAUCAAUGCUACCACCACGAACUGGUUCCUAGAGUGGCCGCGGGAGGCGCUGCUGGAGGUGGCCUAUAAGUUUCUUGAAGGAGUGGAACUCUUGGCUUCUAUCACUGGAACCAGGGUUCGUAGGAAGGAGUCGCUAGUUGAAAGUCGUGAGGACAGCAUGAGAGCGGCCGUGGCGUCCACCAUGUCGCUGAUACACUCGUCGGUGGGGCGCGCGUCCGUCAAGAUGUGGCAGGAGAUGAGGCGCACCAACUACGUCACGCCCACCAACUACUUGGAACUGGUGGCUGGCUACAAGGAAAUGCUCAAGAGCAAGCGAAUUGAAAUAGCUCUUCAAGCGAACAAGCUUCGGAACGGACUGGGGAAAGUCGAAGAAACAACUAACUUAGUGGGGCAGAUGUCGGAAGAACUCGCGCUCGCUCAGGUUCAAGUCGCAGAGUACACGGAGCAGUGUAUAGAGUACAUGGGCGUGAUCAACGUGCAGCAACGCAACGCUGAUGAGCAGCAACGCAGCGUGGCCGCGCGCAGCAAGAAGACUAUGGAGGAAGAGGUGCAGUGUAAGAAGCUGGCUGAUGCUGCCAUGAGGGAUCUGGCCAGCGCGAUGCCGGCUUUAGAAGAAGCUGUAAAGGCGUUAGACGCUCUGAACAAGAAGGACAUCACUGAGGUGAAGUCUUACGCCAAGCCGCCGCAGAAGGUGGAGAUGGUGUUGGAAGCUGUGCUUAUACUGCUACAGAAAGAACCAACUUGGGCUGAGGCGAAGAGACAACUCGGUGAUCAGUACUUCUUAGAUCGGUUGCGUGAUUUUGAUAAAGAUAAUAUAGCUGAUAAGACGUUGAAAAAGAUUGGGACUUACACCGCUAAGCCAGACUUUGAUCCAGAGAUCGUUGGCACGGUGUCACUGGCGGCAAAGUCGCUUUGUUUGUGGGUACGAGCUAUUGAGAAAUAUGGGAAGGUUUACAAAAUAGUGAAACCGAAAAAGGAGCGUCUAGAAGAAGCAUUAGAAUCUUUGAGGGAGAAACAAAGGAUUUUGGCCGAGGCUCGCGCCAGGUUGAGGGAGUUGAGUGAGAUGAUUGCUCGUCUGCAGAAGGAGUACGACGAAAAACUGGCUCAGAAAGAGGAAUUGGAGAGGAAGUCGAGACUGUUACAGCUCAAACUAGAAAGGGCAGAGGCUCUCAUUACAGGGUUAUCUGGUGAAAGGGAGAGAUGGGAACAAACUGUGGAGCGUCUGGACAAGGAGUUCGAGAACCUUCCAGGGGACUGUCUGAUAGCGACCGGCUUUGUGGCUUACCUUGGACCGUUCAUCUCUGAAUACAGAGAAGAUCUCAUGGAUGAUUGGUUCAGAGAGGUUUUCGACCAAACUCUACCAGUGACUAUGGACUUGAGUAUGAAAACCUUUCUUCUUGAUGACGCUACCUUAAGAGACUGGAAUUACAUGGGACUACCAGAUGACAACUUCAGCGCGGAGAACGGCAUCAUCGUGGUGCGAGCGACUCGCUGGCCGCUGGCCGUGGACCCUCAGGGACAGGCGCUCAUCUGGAUCUCACGCCUGGAGGAAAACAACCAGAUACAGAUAGUGGACUUUGGUCAACCAAACUACCUCAAAAUCAUGGAGAACUGUUUAUCGAAAGGCAAACCUAUCAUCAUUCAAAACGUCGGGGAGGUUCUCGAUCCGUCCAUCGCUCCGAUUUUGGAUAAAGCGAUUGUUAAAAUCGGUACCGAUAUGGUCAUCAAAUUUAAUGAGAAAAUGGUGCCAUACAAUUCAGAAUUCAAGAUGUACUUGACCACUAAGUUAGGUAAUCCAGUUUAUAGUCCGGAAACCUUAACAAAGACGACAAUGGUGAACUUCGCGGUGAAGGAGCAGGGUCUGACGUCACAGCUGCUGAGUAUCGUUGUGAGGAAGGAGAGGCCGCAGUUAGAACAGAUGAAGGACACUCUGGUUAUGACUAUAGCUAACAAUAAGAAAGUACUUAUGGACCUGGAAAACGACCUGCUGCGUAUCAUGUACGAGUCGCAGGUCCCGCUGUUGGAGAACGAGGAGCUGUUCCAGACGCUGCAGGUGUCGCAGAGGACGUCCCAAGAGGUGAAGGAGGCUCUCAUCACCUCGCAGGAAACUGAGAAAGAAAUUGAUGCGGCGAGACAGGGUUACGUGCCAGUAGCGACUCGAGCCGCGGUUCUGUUCUUCGCUCUCAACGACCUGGCUCGUAUUGAUCCCAUGUAUCAGUUUUCUUUGGAUGCUUACAAUGACCUCUUCACUUACUCUAUAGACCGAAGCCCUAAGGGCGGCGACCUUGAAGACCGGAUCACCAACUUAAAUGAAUUCCAUACCUUUGCUGUGUACAAGAACACUUGCCGCGCGGUGUUUGAGAGACACAAGCUAUUGCUGUCUUUCCACAUGGUGUCUAGAAUCCUGUUUCAAGCUGGCAAGAUGAGCAACCACGAGUACCUGUUCUUGCUGAAGGGCGGAGUGGUGUUGGAUCGAUCUGAACAACCUGACAACCCUACCAACUGGUUGCCUGACGACUGCUGGGACAAUAUUACAGAGCUGGACAAGCUGCCCGGCUUCCACGGCAUCUGUGACACGUUCGAGACUUUCUCCAAGGAGUGGAAGGAGUGGUACCUGCAUCCUGAACCGGAGUCACAGCCGCUCAUAGGCGAAUGGAACGAGAUUUGCAACGAAUUCCAACGUAUCUUGUUGGUGCGAUCACUAAGAGUGGAUCGUGUGUCUUCAUGUGUAGCGGCGUACGUGGUUAACACGCUCGGGCCGCGGUACGUGGAGCCUCCCGUGUUGGACAUACGGGCUGCAUGGGAAGAGUCUACCUGGAAGACGUCUCUUCUUUUCGUGCUGUCUCCGGGCGUUGACCCCACCUCAGCCUUGAUCCAGCUAGCCACGGAUACAAAGAUGUUCGACAAGUUCCAAUCCCUUAGUUUGGGUCAAGGUCAGGCGCCCACUGCUGCCAGGAUGUUGAGUACGGGUAUGAAGGAAGGCGGUUGGGUGUUCCUGGCUAAUUGUCACCUGGCGUGCGCCUGGCUCGGCGCGCUGAGAGGGCUCGAUAACCCCAAGAUACAUCCGCGGUUCAGACUGUGGCUAUCGUCAAUGCCUGAUGAUAAGUUCCCUCUCAAUAUACUGCAGAGGAGCAUCAAGAUGACUACGGAACCACCGCAGGGUUUGAAAGGCAACCUGGUCCGUAUAUUCGCGAACAUCAACGAGGAGAAGUUCGACCAGGCCACGCCCAAGUACCGGCGCCUGUUGUUCUGUGUGUCAUUCUUCCACUGUUCCCUCAUAGCUCGCAAACGGUUCAGACAACUUGGAUACAACGCUGUUUACAGCUUCAAUGAUUCAGAUUUUGAGGUAUCCGAUAACCUCCUAGCCAAUUAUCUGGAGGAAUACGAGGAGGUCCCGUGGGACGCGCUGCGCUACUUGUUCUCGAUCAUCAACUACGGCGGUCACAUUACAGACGACUGGGACAAGCGAGUUCUCAUCGCUUACAUCAACCAAUUCUUCUGUGAGGAAGCUCUCGAUACGCCGUUCUAUAGGUUAUCCAGUAUUCCAUCGUACCACCUCCCUCGUGACGGUAGUCUGGAGUCGUACCGGGACUUCCUCGACCUGCUGCCGGCCUCCGAGCGCGCUGAGUCGGUCGGACAACACGCCUCCGCUGAUGUAGCGACACUCGCACAGGACGCUCGUAUAAUGUGCUCUACGUUGUUCACUCUCGCCUCCACCGGCGGCGGAGGGGCGGGGGGAGGAGAGGAUCAAAAGGUGGAUGAGUUGGCUGCAGAGAUGCUGUCCAAGUUGCCGGGUCGUAUCGACGUGGAGACGACUGAGAGGAUGAUGGGUCCGGAGAUCGUGAUGCCCAUGUGUGUGAGUCUGCUGCAGGAGAUCGGCUACUACAACGUGCUCAUUAACACUAUCAUCGCUGGCCUUAAGGAGCUGCGUCGCGCCAUCGAGGGUCUAGUAGUGAUGUCUGAGAUGUUGGAGAUCAUGUACACGUGUAUAUUCGAGGGACGCGUGCCGUCCUUCUGGCAGAAAGGUCGUCCGUCCAUCAAGCCGCUGGGCGCGUGGUGCCGGGAGCUGUUCCUCCGCGGUUCUCACCUCACGUCGUGGUCCAACGCGCCCCGCUCGCCCCCCACCCUCUGCUGGCUGCCCUCCCUCGUCGCCCCUACGGGAUUUCUCACCGCUGUCAUGCAGACGACAGCCCGCGGUGAGAGUUGGCCCAUCGACACUCUGUGUUGGGAGUUCACGGUCAUGCCGCUGGAGGAGACGGCCUUCGUGAGACCGCCAAGAGACGGCGGGGUCUAUAUACGGGGUCUGUUCCUGGAGGGCGCUAGUUGGUUCCGUAAGGACGGUCACCUACAGGAGCCGCUGCCCAUGCAACUAGUGUUCCCUAUGACUCCGAUACACUUCAAGCCAAUUCGAGCCACCGGGAGACGCUUGCGAAAUCGCUACGUAUGUCCGUGUUACUACUACCCUCUCCGUAUGGGAGCCUUCGUGGUGGCCGUUGACCUACACUCGGGCAAGGAGACUUCAGACUUUUGGGUCAAGAGAGGCACCGCGCUGCUGUGCACGCUAGCUACUUAA